AUGCAAAAUAUAGCGAAAUCAACGCAUCGGCAUUUAUUUUUGCCGAAAUAUUUCAUAAGCUCCGUUGUAAAUCUUAAACCGAAAGAAAAAAAAUAUUUUAAUCGUAAAUUUAUAAAAUUUUGGAAGGAGUCGGCGAGGAAUAUUUUUUCAUCGUUUCCACACAAUAAUUUCAAUACAUUUUCUACAGAAUGUAGAUCGUUAGGAUUUUAUAUAUUAUCACAAAAUCAAUUUUAUCAAAAAUUUACCAUUAAUAAAUUACUAAAAAAACAAUUUGGCACAUCUUCAGUCAGUCAUAAUAAACCAUCAUCAAGUAAUGGAUCUCAAAAUUCGUCGGAUAAUAAACCUCCCAAUCAAGGUGAUGAAAAAGUGGCUUUCAUAAAACUCUUUUUGAUAUCAUGUUUUGUUUAUGGAAUAUUUAUAUAUCCGAUGCAAAGAAUGGCAUACAAAGUUGAGGAAUCGCCAUUCGUAUCUUGGAAUGAAUUUGUACAUAAAAUGCUAGCAAAGGGUGAAGUUCAAGAAUUAAUAAUAAAACCCGACAUCGAUUGGGUAACGAUAGUUUUGCACGACGGUGCAGUAAUAAAUGGAAAACGUAGCAUUCUUCGUACUUACCAAAUGAUUGUAGCAGAUGCAACCCAAUUGGAAGAAAAGUUACGAGAAGCUGAAAAAGCUCUUGGAAUACCACCUGGCCAAGGAGUACCAAUAGUAUACCAGCGUGUCAACGAGAAUACUUCUUUCUUGAUUGCACUUGCUGUAACUAUUGGAAUACUGAUAGCAGUGAGCAGAUCAGUUAAUAAAUCCGGUUUAGUAAGGAGAGAUAUGUUUGGUGGAAUAACUCGAGCCAAAUUUACUCUAGUUGAUCCAUUGACGGGUGGUGGAAAAGGAGUUAGGUUUGUAGAUGUAGCUGGUUUAAAAGAAGCUAAAAUAGAAGUUAUGGAGUUCGUGGACUACCUCAAACGUCCAGAACAUUACAAAGCACUUGGAGCCAAAGUACCUAAAGGUGCUUUACUACUUGGACCUCCUGGAUGUGGUAAAACAAUGCUGGCAAAAGCUGUUGCUACAGAAGCAAAUGUUCCAUUUUUAUCAAUGAAUGGUUCUGAAUUUAUUGAAAUGAUUGGUGGCUUAGGGGCUGCCAGAGUUCGAGAUCUUUUCGCGGAAGCUCGUAAAAGAUCACCGAGUAUUUUAUACAUUGAUGAAAUCGAUGCUAUCGGUAAGAAACGAUCUGGUGGAUCCGGUAUGAAUCAAUCGACAGGCGAAUCGGAGCAAACUUUGAAUCAAUUACUUGUAGAAAUGGAUGGAAUGGCAACUAAAGAAGGAAUUAUUGUUUUAGCAUCAACCAAUCGCGCUGAAGUGUUAGAUAAGGCGCUUUUACGACCUGGUCGUUUUGAUAGACAUAUUUUAAUAGACCUUCCUACACUUCCUGAAAGAAAGGAAAUUUUUGAUAGAUAUCUUAGUAGCAUAGUUCUUGACAAAAAACCAGAAGUUUACUCACCCAGACUUGCACAGCUAACUCCAGGAUUCAGCGGUGCUGAUAUUGCUAAUGUUUGCAAUGAAGCAGCUUUACAUGCUGCUAGGUUUAAGAAAAAGGCCAUUGAUGCUUCUGAUAUAUCUUACGCUAUCGAUCGAGUGAUUUGUGGUCCAGAAAAGAAAAAUCAUGGUGUUUCACCCGCUGAAAGAGAAAUAGUUGCUUAUCAUGAAGCAGGUCAUGCAUUGGUUGCUUGGCUAUUAGAGAGUACUGAUGCGUUGUUGAAGGUAACAAUUAAACCGACAACACGAGGAGUUUUAGGUUUUGCUCAGUAUACACCAACCGAGCGUAGAAAUUACAGUAAAGAGCAAUUAUAUGAAAUGAUGUGUGUUGCUUUAGGAGGUAGAGCCGCUGAGAAUGUUGUUUUCAAUCGCAUAACUACUGGCGCACAAAAUGAUUUACAAAAAGUUACCAAAAUUGCUUACACACAAGUUAGACAGCUUGGAAUGAGUGACAAAGUUGGAUUAGUUUCAUAUUCUGAAGAAGAAACUGGAACGAAUACGAAAAAACCAUACAGUAAAAAAUUGGCUAAUUUAAUGGAUAUGGAAGCUAGACAGUUGGUGGCGAAAUCAUAUAAAGAUACUGAAAAAUUAUUGAAAAAUAAUAUGGAUAAAUUAGAAAAAAUUUCACAAAUGCUUUUAAAGCAAGAAACAUUGACAUAUGAAGAAGUUGAAGGCCUAAUUGGACCACCACCUUUUGGUAAAAAGAAAAAAGUUGAUUGCAUAGAAUUAGACGAAUCAACGUCAACGACUAUUGAGAAUUCUCCAGAAACACAAUCAACAUCGCAAGUUUCAAAAUGUGAUAAGAUAAUUUAUAAUUUAUAA